CGGAGGUACCGCGGUUCCCGGCUUGCGAGCUCUCGUCGGAGGCGCCUCUGCUUCCCAUCUCGGGUUUCGGCUUGCGCGGGUGUCCUCCCGACGCCUACCCCCGACGCCGCCAGCAUGUCUGGAGUGCGCGCUGUGCGCAUCAGCAUCGAGUCGGCCUGCGAGAAGCAGGUCCAGGAGGUGGGCCUGGAUGGCACUGAGACGUACCUGCAGCCGCUGUCCAUGUCGCAGAACCUGGCGCGCCUGGCCCAGCGGAUCGACUUCAGCCAGGGUUCGGGCUCCGAGGAGGAGGAGGCGGCGGGGGCCGAGGGCGACGCGCAGGACUGGGCUGGCGCCGGGUCCAGCGCGGACCAGGACGAUGAGGAAGGGUUGGUAAAAUUUCAGCCUUCUCUUUGGCCUUGGGACUCCGUGAGGAACAACUUGAGAAGUGCCCUAACAGAGAUGUGUGUUCUCUACGAUGUCCUCAGUAUUGUUAGGGAUAAAAAAUUUAUGACUCUUGAUCCAGUCUCUCAGGACGCACUUCCUCCAAAACAGAAUCCACAGACACUGCAGUUGAUAUCGAAAAAGAAGUCGCUUGCUGGAGCAGCCCAGAUCCUGUUGAAGGGGGCAGAAAGACUGACCAAAUCAGUUACUGAAAACCAAGAAAAUAAGCUGCAACGAGACUUCAACUCUGAGCUUUUGAGAUUACGGCAACACUGGAAACUCAGAAAAGUUGGGGAUAAGAUUCUGGGAGAUCUGAGCUAUAGAAGUGCAGGAUCUCUCUUUCCCCAUCACGGUACAUUUGAAGUAAUAAAGAAUACAGAUAUUGAUCUGGAUAAAAAGAUACCUGAAGAUUACUGUCCUCUUGAUGUUCAGAUUCCUAGUGAUUUAGAAGGGUCUGCCUAUAUCAAGGUUUCAAUUCAGAAACAAGCUCCAGACAUAGGUGAUCUGGGCACAGUCAACCUCUUUAAACGACCUUUGCCCAAAUCCAAACCAGGUUCCCCACACUGGCAGACGAAAUUAGAAGCAGCACAAAACGUUCUCUUGUGUAAAGAAAUUUUUGCACAGCUCUCUCGGGAAGCUGUUCAAAUUAAGUCACAGAUCCCUCACAUUGUGGUGAAAAACCAGAUUAUCUCUCAGCCCUUUCCAAGCUUACAGUUACUGAUUUCUUUGUGCCAUUCCUCAAAUGAUAAGAAAUCCCAAAAGUCCGCUACUGAGAAGCCAAGUCCGGAAGACCAUCUUUAUGUCUUAGAGCAUAAUUUGCAUCUACUAAUUAGAGAGUUUCAUAAACAGACCUUGAGUUCCAUCGUGAUGCCUCAUCCAGCAAGUGCCCCUUUUGGUCACAAGAGAAUGAGACUUUCAGGUCCUCAGGCUUUUGAUAAAAAUGAAAUUAAUUCACUACAGUCCAGUGAAGGGCUUCUAGAAAAAAUCAUUAAACAAGCAAAGCAUAUUUUCCUGAGGAGCAGAACUGCUGCGACCAUUGACAGCUUAGCAAGUCGCAUUGAGGACCCUCAGAUACAGGCUCACUGGUCAAAUAUUAAUGAUGUCUAUGAGUCUAGCGUGAAGGUUUUAAUCACAUCACAAGGCUAUGAACAGAUAUGCAAGUCCAUCCAGCUGCAGUUGAAUAUCGGAGUUGAGCAGAUCCGAGUUGUGCACAGAGAUGGGAGGGUGAUUACACUGUCUCAUCAGGAGCAGGAGCUCCAGGAUUUCCUUCUGUCCCAGAUGUCACAGCAUCAGGUGCAUGCAGUUCAGCAGCUCGCCAAGGUCAUGGGCUGGCAGGUGCUCAGCUUCAGCAAUCAUGUGGGGCUUGGGCCCAUAGAGAGCAUUGGCAAUGCCUCUGCCAUCACCGUGGCCUCCCCGAGUGGGGACUAUGCUAUUUCAGUUCGUAAUGGCCCUGAAAGUGGAAGCAAGAUCAUGGUUCAGUUUCCCCGUAACCAGUGUAAAGAUCUUCCAAAAAGUGACGUUUUACAAGAUAGCAAAUGGAAUCAUCUUCGUGGACCGUUCAGAGAAGUUCAGUGGAAUAAAAUGGAAGGUCGAAACUUUGUUUAUAAAAUGGAGCUGCUUAUGUCUGCACUUAGCCCUUGCCUGCUAUGAUUUUUGUUUCCAGAACCGUUUCUAGUUUUUUUCCAGAGAA